AUGGAGUACGGUAGCCCUGAAGCAGUUGAACAUGCUAUGAAGCAGCGCAUCAUUAACUUUACACCGUUAAUGGAGAAUGAUAGGAAACGUUACUUUGAUCUGUACGACCUAGCUGCUGAAGUUGAAUCCUUGAAAAGUGAUGAAGCCUAUGGAUCAGCCUUCGCAUAUUUUGACUCCACAACUGGAAUAAAUGACUUUGUUCGAAAAUUGCCAAAGCGUUUUCGGGAGAAAUGGAUGACAACGUGUGACAAAUACAAGGUCAACAAUGGAGUGUCUUAUGUGCCUUUCCAAGUGUUGGUGAAUUUCUUGCGAGACCUUUCUAGGCUUAGAAACGACCCUGGUUUGAUAUUGGAGAACUUACCUCAGAAUACAACCACACAGCAUCCACCACAAAAAAAGCCGGCACAAAAGUCAGACGUAUUUGUUCGCAAAACAACUGUAGCACCAGAUCGUCAUGAAUAUGAAGCUGACAGUGACAUUUCCUAUGUACGGUGUCCCAUUCAUGGAGGAAAUUCCAACCAUGCUCUGCGAGAUUGUCAGAAACUCUGUAAGAAACCUUACAAAGAGAAAAUCGAUUUCCUUUUUAAGAAAGGAUAUUGUCUGAAAUGUUGUGGCCAGAAACGUCAUUUAAAAAAGAACUGUCAUGAGUCGGUCAAGUGUGAAAGAUUUAAUUCGACGGAACAUGUGACUAUUCUUCAUCCAGACUCUGCAGCUUGGAAAGUCCAGGAGGGGGAGCAGUCUGAUGUGAAUACAUGUUGCACAGAAAUAUGUAAUGUACCCCAAAACACUUCUAAAUCUUGUUCGAAAAUUGUGUUAGUGUCGGUGUUUCCAGAGGGAGAGCGUUAUCGAGAACGAAAAGUUUACUGUCUGAUAGACGACCAAAGCAACAGAUCCUUGGCAUCACCAUCGUUUUUUGAUGCUUUCAACAUACGUGGCCAAGAGACAGAAUAUGUGCUAUCAACAUGUACAGGGAGAUCUGUUACAUCUGGACGGAAAGCAUCGGGAUAUGUAGUGCGCUCACUAGAUGGAUCAUGUACUCUCACAUUACCAAGCCUCAUUGAAUGUGAUGAGAUACCUGACAACAGGAACGAGAUUCCAUCUAAAGCUGUUGCGCGAGGUUAUUCACACUUACAGGAUAUUGAGAAAUGUAUUCCUGAGAUUGACGAGAGUGUCUAUAUUGAACUUUUGAUUGGUCGUGAUCUAAUAACAGCACACCAUGUAUUUGAUCAAAGAAUAGGAACAGAUGUCUUACCUUUUGGUCAAAAACUACCCCUUGGCUGGGUGAUAAUUGGGAACGUUUGCCUCGGUAAGACCCAUCAACCUGAGACUGUCAGUGUUUUGAAGACUUCCAUAUUGUCAAGUGGAAGAGCCACACAUUUGAUUCCAUGUGAAAGUGAGAUCUUGGUGAGAGAAUGUGACAUUUUUACACGUCUACCGUGUGAUGAAAAACCAGGCCUCUCAAUAGAAGACAAGAAGUUUCUUCACGUCAUGGAGUCAAGUUUUCAUAGAUCUAGCGACGGAUUUUGGGAAGCGCCAUUACCCUUUCGGGAGGGUAGACAACCUCUACCAGACAACCGGUCAAUGGCCCUGCAUAGAGCCAAGUCGUUUGAUGCCAACUUGCGUUCUAACACAGAAAAGAAAAAACAAGUCAUCGAAUUUGUAGAGAAACUUCUACAGAAUGAGCAUGCAGAAUUGGCUCCCAAACUUCCCGUUAAUGUUGAGCGAUGGUACUUACCAAUGUUCGCUGUAUUCCAUCCGAAGAAGCCGGAGAGCAUUCGUGUGGUGUUUGAUUCGUCGGCAAAAUAUCAAGAUGUGUCAUUGAAUUUUGUGCUUCUUCAAGUACCUGACUUGCUGAACAGUCUGGUUGGUAUCCUUCUUCGAUUCCGUCAGGAAAAGGUAGCCAUUACCGUGGACGUACAACAUAUGUUUUAUAAUUUCAAAGUACCAGAAGAACAACGAUGUUAUUUGCGUUUUAUAUGGCAUCAAGACAAUGACUUCAAUCAACCCCUUGUUGAUUAUCAAAUGACUAGACAUGUAUUUGGCAAUACUGCAUCGCCAGCAGUGGCCAAUUACGGAUUCCGCAAAGUUGUAGAAACUGCUGACCAAGAUGUACAGAACCUUAUCAGAGAGAGCUUCUACGUAGAUGACGGAUUGGUAUCCUGUAGAACUGUUGAACACACCGUUGACCUUGUCCUUCGCACAAAGCAAGCCUUACAUGACAACGGCAGAAUAAGACUCCACAAGUUUGCGUCAAACAGCAGAGAGGUGCUUAUUGGGCUAGACCAAGGUGACUUAGCAAAGGAUUUAAAGGAUCUUGAUUUAGGAACAGCUACUCUUCCCACCCAGAGAAGUCUAGGCCUACUUUGGAAUACAGAUACAGACACCUUUACAUUCAAAGUCAGCUCUGUUGAAAGGUCUUACACUCGACGUGGACUGUUAUCUGUAAUCAACAGUGUCUUCGACACUAUUGGCUUUUUACAACCUGUCAUUAUUGAAGGAAAACUCUUACUUCGUGAAAUGAUGUCUGUGACCAGUAAAACUGAUUGGGACGACCCAUUACCAGAACCACUGUACAACAAAUGGAUCUCAUGGAUGAACUCUUUAAGCUACCUUGAGACUCUUCACAUACCUAGAAUGUACAGCGAUAUCUCGUUUGAGGAUGCCACCCAUAGAGAGGUUUUGGUAUUUGCAGAUGCAUCAAAGAAUGCAGUGGCAGCAGUUGCGUACCUCAAGUUGAGUGAUGAGAAAAAAUCUACAAUCAGCUUUCUGCUAAAUAGUCAAGUUGUGCUUGGAUAUAUUUCAAAUGAAACAAGGAGAUUUUACAUUUAUGUUGCUAAUCGUGUUGGGAGAAUACGUCUUUUUAGUGAACCAUCGCAGUGGCAUCACGUUAGAACAGAAUGUAAUCCUGCAGAUGUAGCUACUCGUACCAUUGAUGCGUCACAACUUGAAGAUUCAGCAUGGCUUCGUGGUCCAGUGGAGACACCUGAAAUAACAACCAAGUCAGAGUUUGAACUUGUUAAUCCAGAACAUGACAUUGAAGUUCGACCAGAAGUCACUAGCUGCAAGCAAGAAGUGGGUACAGAAGAUUGCUCUAAAACAUCAAACCACUUUUCAGACCGCUUCUCAAGAUUUUCAUUUUGGAACAGACUGGUUAGGACAGUUGCUCGUAUCAAGUAUUGGGCUCGCUGCAAACGAAGGACUGAGACAUCCUGUACUCGAUUUGAUCAUCCUCAGUUGUUAAUGGACAGUGAAAUUGCAAUAAUUGCGUGUGUUCAAAGAGACAGUUAUAUGGAAGAAAUGAAGAAAAUGAAAGAGUCAGGCAGAAUUCCACACAACAGUACCAUCCUAUCUCUCUCUCCUGUGUUGGACAGUGAAGGUGUUCUUAGAGUUGGUGGGAGACUGAACAAAGUGAAUGAAGCAGAACUGAGUGGGCAACAGCGCAACCCAAUAAUUUUACCGAAAAACCAUCAUGUCAGUCACUUGCUUAUUGGUUACUUUCAUUCAGAAGUAUUUCACCAGGGACGCCAUUUCACAGAGGGUGCUGUGCGUGCGGCAGGAUAUUGGAUUGUUGUUAUGAAGAGAAAAGUUUCCUCUUUCAUCAGCAAGUGCGUGAUGUGUCGUAAGCUACGGGGUAAAUUCAGUCAACAAAAGAUGGCAGAUCUUCCGGAGGAUCGCUGCAAACCAAGUCCACCCUUUUCAUAUGUAGGCGUUGAUACAUUUGGUCCGUGGAUGGUGGCAUUCCGUCGCACAAGAGGAGAAAGUGCUAAUCAGAAACGAUGGGGCCUAUUAUUCACCUGUCUAGUGACCAGAGCCAUCCACAUUGAGAUCAUAGAACAACUCACAAGUUCGUCUUUUAUCAAUGCGCUCAGACGUUUUGUUGCAUUACGUGGACCCGUGACCCAAUUCCGAUCUGAUCGUGGUACCAAUUUUGUGGGAGCGUCAGAAGAUUUGUCUAUUAACGUAGAAUUUAUCGAGAAGGGACCAGUGCAAGACUUUCUCUCGAACUGUCGCACUACUUGGAAGAUCCUCCUCAUGCCCCACACAUGGGAGGGGUGUGGGAACGACUUAUUGGGACAGUCAAGCGUAUACUGA